GAAAAACCUCAAAAUUGUGUAUUGAAAAAACAAAAUCACCCUCACUAUAUAACACGUUAUUUGACACUUCCACAAGUAAUUCAGAAUUUGGAUUUGUAUGGGGAGAAAGGCAGUUUCAUGUCAUUGAUCUCAUUCACCCAAAAACCAAUCAGAGCAAACCCAGAUUCAAAGAUCGCUACUUUUGCAAAAAGAUAACUUCUUUUGUUACUGAUGAACAACUACUUCUGGGAGUGAAUAACAAGGAACUGUUUAAUCCAGCCAUUGUUCAAGAACCAUGCAAGAUCGAGAAGGUUCAGCAACUGGCAGCUCCCCAUUGUUGGAGACUCAGUAUGCAAACGCUCAUCAUGUUGAAAGAACUGGAACCGUGUGGACUGCAGUGGCACACAUAGUGACAGGAGUGAUAGGGUCAGGAGUGUUGUCAUUGGCAUGGAGCAUUGCACAGCUUGGUUGGAUUGGAGGGCCUCUCACAAUCAUUUUCUUUGCCUGCAUCACUCUGCUUUCUUCUUUCCUUCUCAGCAACACCUACCGUGGUCCAGACCCUGAACUUGGCCCUCAUAGGAGCUCCUCAUACCUUGAUGCAGUUAACCUCCAUAAGGGAGAAGGGAAUAGCCGUUUCUGUGGUAUUUUUGUGAACGUGAGCUUAUAUGGUUUUGGAAUUGCUUAUGUCAUUACUGCUGCUAUCAGUAUGAGAGCAAUCCAAAUAUCAAACUGUUCCCAUGGCAAAGAAGAUGAAGGAAAAUGUGGAUUUGAUGGUGCAUAUUUGAUGCUUAUUUUUGGGGCUAUCCAAGUUGUUCUCUCUCAGACACCCAACUUCCACAAUAUUCAGUGGUUGUCAAUUGUAGCAGCAAUUACGUCCUUUUUUUAUGCUUUCAUAGGAAUGUGGCUUUCUGCUGGAAAAAUCACGGAAAAUGGACAUGCUGAGGGUACUAUUAGUGGAAUCCCUACUUCUAGUGGAGUUGAUAAAGUAUGGCUGGUUGCUCAAGCGCUUGGUGACAUAGCAUUCUCGUAUCCAUUCUCUGUAAUUCUUAUAGAAAUACAGGAUACUUUGAGGUCACCUCCACCAGAACAUCAAACGAUGAAGAGGGCGUCAACAAUAUCUGUCAUUAUCACAACAUUUUUCUACCUCUGUUGUGGGUGUUUAGGAUAUGCAGCCUUUGGUAAUGAAACACCAGGAAAUCUUUUAACAGGGUUUACAUCUAAUGCACAGCAUUGGCUUGUAGACUUUGCGAAUGCUUGUAUAGUGAUUCACCUGGUUGGUGCAUAUCAGGUGUAUAGCCAGCCACUUUUUGCCAAUGUUGAAAAUUGGCUCCGUUUCAAGUUCCCAGACAGUGAAUUUGUGAAUCACGUAUACUUGUUGAAACUCCCAUUGCUGCCAGCUUUCCAACUAAGUUUUCUGAGGCUUUCUUUCAGAACUGCAUAUGUUGCAUCAACAACUGUGAUUGCAAUGCUCUUUCCCUACUUCAAUCAGAUUUUGGGAGUUUUGGCCGGAAUAAUCUAUUAUCCAUUGUCCAUAUAUUUUCCGGUGGAAAUGUACUUGAGUCUGAGCAAUAUUGAGCCAUGGUCGUCUAAGUGGAUCAUGCUCAGGGGUUUUAGCACCGUUGGCUUUGUGGUGGGAUUGUUCACUCUCGUUGGAUCCAUUGAAGGGAUAGUAUCUGCAAAACUAAAAUGAGGAGCUUUCAGCGGAACUGGAAGUUGAACUGAGAAAAUAGAUUGUGGUUGCAUUUUUGUGUUGAAAAUCAACGUUAAUCAGCAUAAAGAAUUCAGCAUGAAAAUUGAUGAAUUCAAGGUUCUGCGUCUCUUCCUGUUAAGACGUGUUGUAGUAAACAAGUGUAAUUGAGUUGCAGAAUUGCUUUUUUUUUGGGGGGAAACUAGUUAGUUUCAUCUGUAAUACUUUAGUUAAGACGCAAUUUUUUUGUCAUGGAAUAAAAAAGUUGAGCAGGUUUUGUCA